AACGAGGAUCGCGAGAUCAAGAGUAAAACGUGCGAGGAAUUUAAUGAAUGCGAAGGUCGUGUUCGAACUGCGACUUCGUUCGGCCUCCGCCGUAGAAAACGUUCCAAGAAGGGAUUUUCAACGCUGGAGAGGAAGAGGACGACGUCUCCUCCUCCUUCUUCUUCUUCUUCGUUGUCUCCGGUUGGUCUUCAGGUCUUUUCUUCGCCCCCCCAACAGUGUCCGCGAAGCGCUCUCUCUCUCUCUCCUCCCCCACCGAGGAUGUCCACUCUGACCGCCCUCCUCCUCCUACUCCUCUCCUCCUGCUUCUUGAACGUCGCCCGCUCCGAUCUGGCCUCCGACCGAGUAGCGCUCGUCGCCCUCCGAUCCGCCAUCGGCGGCCGCCUCCUCCGCUGGAACCUCACCGACCCGCCCUGCACCUGGGCCGGCGUCAUCUGCGACCAACGCCGGGAGCAAGUCGUCGAGCUCCACUUCCCCGGGAUGGGCCUCUCCGGCAGCCUCCCCGCCGGCACCAUCGCCAACCUCACCCAGCUCCAGACCAUCUCCUUCCGCUUCAACUCCCUUUCCGGCCCCAUCCCCCCAGACCUCGCCUCCCUCUCCCAGCUCCGCAACCUCUACCUCCAGGGCAAUUCCUUCUCCGGCGAGCUCCCCGCCUUCCUCUUCGCCCUUCAGAACCUCGUCCGCCUCAACCUCGCCUCCAACGACUUGUCCGGCGUGAUCCCCCCGGCGUUCGGCAACCUCACCCGGCUCAAGACCCUGUUCCUGGAGGACAACCGGUUUUCCGGGUCGAUCCCGGACCUGAACCUGACCCUUGACCAGUUCAACGUCUCGUCCAACCAGCUGACCGGGACCAUCCCGUCGAAGCUCUCGUCCAUGGCCCAGUCCGCCUUCGCAGGGAACUCGCUCUGCGGGCCGCCGCUCAAGCCCUGCAACGCCACCGGCACGGGCACCGGGAGCGGAAACAAGCUCUCCGGCGGAGCGAUCGCCGGGAUUGUGAUCGGCUCCGUUAUCGGGCUCUUCCUGAUUCUCCUCGUUCUGAUCAUCUUGUGCCGUCGCAAGAGCCGUGGCAGAAGCGAGAAACCCAAAUCGCUGGAAUCCGGACCGGCGAAGUGGACCGAGGCCGGAAUCCCGCAGACCCGUGAAGCCAGGAGCCUGGGCGAGUCCAAGGCAACCAGCGCCGUCGCCAUCAGUGGCGACAGGAGCGGCAACAAGACCUUGGUGUUCUUCGGGAAGGGGACGUCGGCGUCGGCGGCGGCGUUCGACCUGGAGGACCUGCUGAGGGCGUCCGCGGAGGUGCUGGGGAAAGGGACGUUCGGGACGACGUACAAGGCGACGCUGGAGACGGGGACGACGGUGGCGGUGAAGAGGCUGAAGGACGUGAGCAUUGGGGAGGCGGAGUUCAGGGAGAGGAUGAGGGAGAUCGGGGCGGUGGAGCACGAGAACCUGGUGGGCCUGAGGGCCUAUUACUACAACAAGGACGAGAGGCUUCUCGUCUAUGAUUACUUGCCCACCGGAAGCUUGUCUGCACUUUUACACGGAAACUCAGUAGUUGGCCGGACUCCGCUUAAUUGGGACACCCGUUGCGGCAUUGCCCUCGGUGCGGCCCGCGGAAUCGCGCACCUCCACUCCGGGGGCACUGCGACAUCCCAUGGCAACAUCAAGUCCUCCAACGUCCUCCUCACCAAUUCCUAUGAGGCUCAGGUCUCUGACUUUGGCCUUGCCCAUAUUGCCGCCCUCACCGCACCUCCCAACCGCGUUGACGGGUAUCGUGCGCCGGAGUUGACGAACUCCCACAAGGUGUCUCAGAAGGCCGACGUGUACAGCUUCGGGGUGUUGCUGCUGGAGCUGCUUACGGGCAAGGCUCCCACGCAUUCACUGCUGAACGAGGAAGGGGUGGACCUCCCGAGGUGGGUCCAGUCGGUGGUCAAGGAGGAGUGGACUGCUGAGGUGUUCGACGUCGAGCUACUCAGGUACCAGGAUGUCGAGGAGGACAUGGUCCAGCUCUUGCAGCUCGCAAUGCAUUGCACUGCUCAGUACCCAGAUAAACGCCCUCCAAUGGCGCAGGUCGUGAACAAGAUUGAGGAAAUUUGCCGUUCAAGCAUGCUGCAAGAGCAAGAAGAGCACAGUGGUUCGGGUGACGGGUCAUACUCACAUCAGACGUCGGUUUGAUUCAGGCAUGCCGCCCUCUUCUUCUUCAUUCAAUCGAUGAAGGAUCAUUGGUUACGUUCGCAAUUGCGAUCGGAACGUUUGGGCUGUGGAUUAUGAGUGAUUCGUUGCUUCAUUAUUUUUUCUGUUGGGUUUAUAGUUUAGAGGAAUGGUUUGUUCAACCCUUUCUGGCGUCAAACGUGCAAUAAACCCUUCUUUCUUUCAAUUUUUUUUUCCUAUUUAGAAGCAAAAGGUCUUGUCUAUGUAAAUUUUGAAUCAAACAUUUUUCUGUCAUGAAGACAGUACUGUUGCU